AUGAGCUCCCGCUGUGUUACAUGCAACCGAUCCUUCAGCAGCGAAGAGGCUCUUCAACAACACAUGCGCGACUCUCCUAUCCAUAGUCCGUCCUACGACUGUGAUAUCUGCGAUCGUUCCUUUGGCAACGACGAGGCUCUUCAACAGCACCUACGCGACUCCCCUGUCCACAAGCGUUCUUAUGACUGCAGCACCUGCGAUCGAUCUUUUGGCAACGAUGAGGCGCUUGAACAGCACUUACGCGACUCUCCUGUUCACAAACCAUCCUAUGACUGUGAUACCUGCAAUCGAUCCUUUGGCAACGACGAAGCUCUUCAGCAGCACCGACGUGACUCACCUGUUCACAGGCCGUCAUAUGAUUGCGAAAGUUGCAAUCGGUCCUUUGGAAACGAAGAGGCUCUUCAACAGCACCUGCGCAACUCUUCUGCUCACAGGUCGUCCUAUGACUGUGAUACCUGUAAUCGAUUCUUUGGCACGGAAGAGGCUCUUCAACAGCACCUUCGAGACUCUUCUAUUCAUCAGCAAAGCACGGAAACACCUUUAGAUGCAUUCUUCCGUUCAUACGCGGCCUUUGACUACGACCGUUCUCUUCCACCACAUAUCUCGUAUGCCAACUUACAGAGACAUAUGGGGUGGCAUCAUGGCCAGCCGGAGUCAGACAAAGCCUGGGAUAAAUACCAAAAAGCUCUUGAGAAGGAGUUUCAAAUGUGGUUUGGUGCGGAAGACGAUUUGGCUGCGUGGCAUGCGCUCUGUCGCGCAAUUGGGAUUAACCCAUUGCCGGUUACCAUUGAGCAAUGCAAGAAGGCUGCACGACGGACGCAUGUCAACAUCGUGGAUCUAAUUGAAAGCAGGCGGGGAAACAAGGAAGGAGUUCAGACCUUUCGAAACGUCAACACGCUACGCGCCUACACCAAGGAGACAAACAAGAUAUUUCGCAAUAGGUUUCACGGAGAAGAUUGCAAAGGUGUUUUGAGACACCUGCUUCGGAACAUAUAUCGCACGAGCUUUUGA